AUGUUCUAUAUGCUCGCUGCUGAGCACCCCCCACGCGAAAAUACUCCUGCGCUUUCGGACGACACUGGCAGCUCCUCUUCGCGCGAAAGCUCUCCACCGGCUACACCUGUCUCUGGACUCAGCCGUGCACCAUCUAUCUCUUUUGAUGACGAUUCUAAGCAUACACCCACUGGCGAUGGCACGGAUAUCAAGAUUGUCGAACCAGACGCGGACUCCUCGCCACCAGAAGACAUCACGCGUCCGCUGAAACGGAGACGGCUGGCGGACAUAAGGGCUGAUGAAUUGCGCGCAGAGACAGUGCUGCCGCCUGACAUAUUGAGUGACGCCACCAAGGCGGAUUAUGAUACCUCAUUCUGUCCUGAGCAUAUACGCAUUGGCGACUGCACAAGUGCCGGGGACGUCAAGCCCGACUCGGAUGCGGUGCACCCGUCUCUUGAACACGUCUUCCGUCCGUUGAAACGGAAGCGACUUGUGGACAUGAGCACUGAUGAUGCUUGCGCAAAGAGGGCGCAGACGUCCGAUAUCUCGAGCGGCGCCGCCAACAUUGAGGACAGCGCCUCAUUCGAUCUUGGGCAUAUACCCAUCCACGACUGCACGAAAAUCAGGGUCGCCGAACCGGACGAUGUUCACCCAGUCUCCCCCCACAUUGACCUACACGCGCCACUUGAAGCCAUCGCUCGCCCGCCGAAGCGAAAACGGUGUGCAGACACGACGACCGAUGAGGUCCGUGUUAAGAGAAGGCGGUUGUCUGACAGUCCGAGCAACGCGUCAAAGCUCAAAUAUGGGGGUCCUUUCGGACCUCAUCCUAGAUGCAUGAUCACGGGUUGCGCCUCUGCUGAGGUGGAGGCGUGCUAUAUCCUGCCUCCCGAUAUGCCUCAGCCGUUGGGUGAUCUCCGCACGCCUAAUGACAUUAGUCCCGCCUAUUGUAGCGCGCCGGCGAACAUCAUAUUCCUUCGACACGACCUCCGCAUACUAUGGGAAACGAAUCGCCUGCUGAUGAUACCCCAUCCCGAUCAUAUAGACCACCCCGAUACCCGCCCUGCCUACAAAUACUGCGUCGUUGUAGAGGAUGAGCACCCUUCAAGCUCGUGCAUCCCCAAGGAUUAUACCAUUACACCUCCAGUCGCGACGGCUUGUAGCUCGUAUCGCUCGCUGGGGUGGCACGAGCUGAGUGCGAAUCUGCAUCUGAUGACAAUUCGAGUGGGUCGUGAAUUUAUCAAGCGACCGCUCCACUACGAGCAUGUGUUACACGUGGACGCUCUUGCGCAUAUACCCGUAAUCAGGCUAGCCCACCUAGAUGCAGUCAAGCCGGUCUCCCCCCACAAUGAACGAGAGUCGUCAGUGGAAGGCAUCCCCCGCCUGUCGAAGCGGAAACGGAGCUCAGACGCAGAGACUGAUGAAGUCCCUGCAAAAAGAAUGCGAAUGUCGGUCUCUGCAAGUGAGGCGUCCGAGUUGGAGGACGGUGUUCUUUUCGGACCUCACCCGAGGUGCAUGAUCACUGGCUGCGUGUCUGCUGAGGUGGAGGCGUGUUAUAUAUUACCUCCUGACAUGCCUCAGCUGUUGCCUCACAUACCGCACGCAGUUCGACGCGAUCUCAGAGAACUUUGGGAGACAAAUCGCUUGCUGAUGAUACCCCAUCCUGAUCACUUGAACAAGCUUGAGUAUUGCACUGCGUACAAGUAUAGCAUCAUCGCAGAGGAAGAGCACCCUCCAGACUCGUGCACAACCAUGAAUAAUAUUAUCACACCUUCCGUCAUGACGGCUCCUUGUUCAUAUCGGUCGCUCGGAUGGCAUAAACUGAAUGCCAAUCUCCAUCUGAUGAUAUUCCGAGCAGGCCAGAAAUUGAGCAAGCGACCGCUGCACUACCGACACGUCUUGCGGGAUCUGCUGCCCCCAAACGAGGUCGAUCAUGCAUACAGCAUUCUCGAAUGGCAUGUGACAUGGACUGCCCCCUUGCCUUGCGAACUGGUACCCGACAGACGGUUGUGGGCAACGGGCGAGCUCUCAGCCUGUCCUAAGAAUUAUUACCGCCCCUCCAGCAAGCAGUAUUGCCCUCCCCUGUUGGAUGACGACACUGUCCGCUUUCGUCGCCAGUUCCGGCCAAUCCUUUCAGGGAUAAGGAGGAGACAUUUUGGCGACACUAGUGGGAGCAGCCAGGAUUACAUCGGAGACGCUGAACGGGAAGUCAGCAUUCGUCAGUGGUGUCUGGAUUGUGAUCACGCUCGAGAUGAGUGGAUGACGGGACCGCCUGCGGAACCUGAGGAUGCAGAGUUGCUCGCUUAUCGACAAGAAGAAGCUGGUGAUGUACAGCCUGUUGUGCAAGACCUUUGGCAGCUCGAAGAUCAUUUCUCGAGCUCUUGCGGCAUCGGCUGCAUCUCGAACUUUACUUCCGGCCGUGGCGAUGAUAUGCAGCUACAUGCGUGGCGUUGGCGAGAUGGCGUGCGGCAUCUACCAGGCGUCGGUGCAUACCGUCUUGCUUCUAUUGAAAACAUCCGUUCUUCGAGUAACAACUCCCUCGCAAUAUGGCUCCACGCGGUGUAA